GUGGUUCCGGGGCUGGGGUUGGUAAGGUCGGGCCAUGGUGGGGCAGAGGUUGGGAAGAUGGCGUUGCGAGGUUGGGCACAGCGAGGCUGGGGCUGCGGUCAGGCUUGGGCGCCUCCCGUGGGCGGCGGCUGCCCGGAGCUCUCUGCGGCCCAGGCCCCGCGGCUGCUCGGACGCAGGUAUAACUUCCUUCUUCAGCAAAAAUGUGGAUUUAGAAAAGCACCAAGAAAGGUUGAACCUCGAAGAUCAGACACGGGGUCAAGUGGGGAAGCAUAUAAGAGAAGCGCCUUGAUCCCGCCUCUGGAAGAGACAGUCUUUUACCCUUCGCCCUACCCGAUACGGACUCUCGUGAAGCCCUUUUUCUUCACUGUUGGGUUCACAGGUUGUGCAUUUGGAUCAGCUGCUAUUUGGCAAUAUGAAUCAUUGAAAUCCAGGGUCCAGAGUUAUUUUGAUGGUAUAAAAGCUGACUGGUUGGAUAGCAUACGACCGCAAAAGGAAGGAGACCUCAGAAAGGAGAUUAACAAGUGGUGGAAUAGCCUAAGUGAUGGCCAGCGGACUGUGACAGGUAUCAUAGCUGCAAAUGCUCUAGUAUUCUGCCUAUGGAGGGUCCCAUCGCUGCAUCGAACCAUGAUCAGAUAUUUUACAUCCAACCCAGCAUCAAAGGUUCUUUGUUCUCCAAUGUUGCUGUCAACGUUCAGUCAUUUCUCCUUAUUCCACAUGGCAGCAAAUAUGUAUGUUUUAUGGAGUUUCUCAUCUAGCAUCGUGAACAUUCUGGGUCAAGAGCAGUUUGUGGCAGUGUACCUGUCUGCAGGUGUCAUUUCCAAUUUUGUCAGUUAUGUGUGUAAAGUUGCCACAGGAAGAUACGGACCUUCACUGGGUGCAUCAGGAGCAAUCAUGACUGUGCUUGCAGCAGUCUGCACCAAGAUCCCAGAAGGAAGGCUCGCCAUCAUCUUCCUCCCGGUCUUCACCUUCACAGCAGGCAAUGCCUUAAAAGCCAUCAUUGCCAUGGAUACAGCUGGGAUGAUCCUGGGAUGGAAAUUCUUUGAUCAUGCAGCACAUCUUGGGGGAGCUCUCUUUGGAAUAUGGUAUAUCACUUAUGGUCAUGAACUCAUUUGGAAGAACAGGGAGCCUCUAGUGAAAAUCUGGCAUGAAAUAAGGACUAAUGGCCCCAAAAAAGGAGGUGGCUCUAAGUGAUGCAAAACUGGCCAGUAUGGUACAUCUGCUCCUUGCUGCCUGGAAGACUCAGCAUCCGGCCACCCCAGUGUUUUAAAUGUUCUCAGUACAUGUCUCAUUAGCAAAUUAUGGCAAAGUUAUGAAAUAAAUGUUUAUAUCUCUAGUUUGUAAA